AUGGAGUCAUUAGUCGAGAUCGGGUCUGCCGCCGGCUUCGAGCCUCUCCUUUUCCAUCAUAUGCUCCAAGCACUCGAUUGCCUUGCAUUCCACGGCCUCAUUCAUCGAGACGUGAAGCCGGAGAAUAUCCUCUACGUAACGGGUUCGGAUGGCCAGUAUUUAUUCCAGCUCGGAGAUUUUGGUCUUUGCAACCGUAAAGUCGUUGCCGAAUCUGCUGUCGGAACUUUACUUUACAUGGCCCCUGAGAUAUUCUAUGAAACGGAGCAAACCCAUAAAGUAGACGUUUGGUCGCUCUUUGUCACGAUGUUGUGGACACUUGAUACAGGAUUUCGUCAGAUUUGCGGAAGUUUCAAUGGCGUAGGUGAGAUUCAUCAGGCUAUCUCGCUUGCGGCCUCGCAGUUACCCACUGUUGCACGAAUCAAAGAAAUGGCGAUCGUUGAUGCGGAAAAUCGUGCUUCAGCGGCGCAAAUGCUUCUCAAACACUUCAAUGGGAAAGGGCUCAGUACUCCUCAGAAUCAGGUCCCAGCUUUGCGGACCACUCCCGCAGGCCCGGCAACCCCCGUCUCUAGAACAGGACAGCCAAAAGGUCCACAGAAUCAUGCGAGUCCACCCACAGCUGCAGGUCAAUACGGAGUCGGUCAAGCUCUUCAAGAUCCUUCGCAAAGACUAGCAUUAGAUCCAAUGACCGAUGUGCGCCUGGGACAAGCAUUCAGUCCCCCAUUUGCAGAGAAUCCUCAAAUUCCUGGCAACGCCCCAUUUGGCAACGCCGACCUUAGGCCGAGGAAGAGCAGAGAAAGGGCCCACUUUUCCUGA